CUGAUAGGUAAAAAUAAUCUUAAAGAGAUGGAAAGAGAGUCGGUCCUCGUAGAGCAACACAAGUUCACCUUAGACCAAAUCAAACAGAGCCAGGCUGUCCUUAAUGACUACAAUGUGACUGGUUUGGACCGUGGCCAUUUGAGCCCCAAUGGCCAUCAGUACAGUAGAGAAAGCAAGACAGCUACCUUCACCCUCACCAACAUAGUCCCCCAGGAUAGCAGCCUCAACAAGGGCCAGUGGAACAUCUACGAGUCUAAAAAGAUGCCCACAAAGACCAAGGGCUGUACAACGACCUACGUAAUUACGGGUGCUGUGCCUGGGAACACCUACAUCGCUGAAGGGAGGGUCAACAGACCCAGCCACAUCUGGUCGGCUGCCUGCUGCGAGGGGGACAAAAAACGCAAAGAUGCUUGGGGGGCCAUCGCUGAGAAUGACAAGAACGAAGUGGAAGAGCUCAGUCUAGGGGAGCUGGAGAAGAGGUUGACCAAGCUCUACGGGGGAAAGGUUACUCUGUUCAACAAUGCCUGUCCCCGGCAAUAAGCUUCACAUCCUCAAUGAAAAAGGCUCAGUGCCUUUUCCUACAUGUCACAGAAUCACAGAAUAGGUUGGUUUUCAUGGGAUCUUAAAGCCUUAAUGAUCAUCUCAUUCUGACCUACUCACCAUGGGCACGGAUGCCGUCCAGUACACCAGGUUAUUCCAAGCACUCCCCAGCCCAGCCUUGAACCCUUCCAGGGAUGGGGCAGUCAGAAUAUCUCUGGGUAACUUCUACUUGUACUGCACCCUCCUCAGGGUAAUUUAAUUCCUUACAAUAUCAUACAUAAGCAGCCCUCCAUCAGUGUGAAACCAUUUCCUCUUGCCCUGUCACUCCAUACCCUUGUCCAAAGACCCUCUCCAGCCCUCUGAGAGAUCCUUGAGGUACUGCACUCUCAGCAGUCUUCUCCAGGCUGAACAUCCCCAGCUCCCACACCCUCUCUCCAGAGCAGACAUGCUCCAGCCCUUGGAGCACCUUCAUGGCCUCCACUGGACUCCACUGCAACAGCUUUGUAUCCUUCUUGUGCUGUGGGCCCCAGAGCUGGAGGCAGCACUGCAGGUGGGGUCUCAGCAGAGCAGAGUAGAGGGGCACAAAUGUCCUGUGCAGAGUCUGUGCUGCUUCCUUCUCUGCUGUGUUCCCAGCUCUGUCCCUCAGGGCACCUCCUCCUCUGCUCAAAGGCACAGAGAUGUGGGCAGAGCCUCCAGCUGCUUUGCUUUGCUGCCCAUCUCAGCAGAGAGCUCUCAGGAACGAGUCCUCUCCUACUUAGUUGUCCCAGGAGUGUGCAGCUGGCUUGUCCCUCACCUACAUAGCAGGGCAGUGGCACCAGGGCACCUCAGGGUGCCCAGAGAUCCUGUCUGGAGAUCUCCAUGCCUGGAGAUACCCAAAUGCCAACAAUACGUGAUUCUGGACAACCUGCUCUAGCUGCCCCUGCUGGAUCCUGGAGUCUGGACUAGAAGGUCCUGAAAAGUCCCUCGAAAACUCCACAAUUCAGUGAUUCUGUGAUCCUGGAACAUAUUUUUGCUUGCUUGCUUUUGAAACUGCACCUUGAGAGCAGCAGCUGUUGUAUCAGACAGGCAGGCUUUGGCAUCAGAUACAUGGAAAGCGUUGAGCAGCCAAAGCUGAAUUCCUGUGAUGCACUCCUUGGACACCUUCAUUCUCUGCUCUGCUUCUGAAGCUUUUCUGCAGAUUUAUGGGAAACUGAUUUGGGGAAAUGUAUUCAAUGGCUGUCAAAGAACAAUGUGUGCCACAUCAUGAAGUUUGCAAGAGCUCACAA